AUGAUGGCAUUUGCUAAGAAGUUUAAAUGGGAUGGAACUCCUUGGAUCGAUGAAAACGAUCCAAGAGCAGCCGAAUAUCGCAAGGCUAAAGAGAGAUUUUUGGAGAGAGAGAGAUAGCUUCAAGACACUUUAUCUGCUGAAGAUAAAAAGUAUUAUGAAGCCCACAGACUAGCCUUCCAUAAAUUAGUGGAAGACUCUCUUAAGAAUCGUUAGAACUGGUGGAUGAGAUUGUAGGAGAUGACUGAGGACCAGAUGGAUAUCCUUCCAGCUGAGUAUAUCAAGAAAUUUGGUUCAUUUGUCAUGAAAAUUGAGGAAAUGCAAUAGGAGAAAUAACUUGAAGAUAAUUAAAUGAAUGUGGAGAAUUACAGUCAAGUCAAGAAUUUAGCAAAGUUGCAAACAAAUGAAGAAAAACAAGCCAUUGAGGAUAAAAAUUAAGUUGCUAGGGAAGACCUAAAGGGCGACAGAAUAUAUCAGUAUGCCAAGGAUAAUUAUUUCAUGAGAUAGACUCGUGUUGACUUGAGUAAGAUAAGCUAUAAUCAUGAAUAGUUCCGUGAAUACACUGACCUAUAUGAGAAAGCAUCAUAAAAAGACAGAGAGGACUUGAAGUACUUUUACAAGAUGGUGAAGUAUUGUCAAACAUAUCCAAACAGCAGAGAUAGUGCUGCAGUAAAUUUUGCUAAAAAGGUUAACAUGGACUUGAUAUAAGUUCCAGAGGAAUUCAAGGAUGUGACUAUUGAUGAUUUAGAAAUCAGGAGAGACAGAAGAGCAAGAAGAACAGUAAUCAGAAAUAGAACUAGCAGAGAUUUAUCUAAGUACGAUGCUUGGCUCAACUACGACAGAUAACUAAUGAAGACUGCAGGUAAAAUGACUUGCAUCAGAAAAAUAAUGCUAUCACCAGCUUUGUUGGUCAAAGCCUUUGGACAACCACAUAGAUCAAGAACUGCUUAUGAUGGUACAGGUGAAUAUGAUUUUGAGGAUAACAAUCUUGAUAUCUUUAACAUUCAUGAUUACAGAAAGACUGAAAUGUAUCAUGGACUUCCUCGUGAUGACGAAUACUAUGUGAAGGAGCUUAAGAAGCCUCCUCAUAAAAGAGAGAAGAAGUGGCCAACAAUAGAAGAAUUCUGGGCUUCAACUGAGCCAUAAGAGUUCAGACUUCACUGUUCGCAUCAUGGUGACUUCCGCAAGUUCAGAGUGUGGCUCAAGAAGACACUAGAAGAAGUAGCUGAAAAGGAACUAUCAUAUGAAGAUGAAGUAAUGCCCAAAUUCAAAAAUGAAUUCGAUCUCUGUUUAGGAGACUACAAUGAGAAAGGUGUGGUAAAUAAAAACUUUGCAGUGGUAAACAUGGAUUUCACUUACUUUAUGAAGGAGGAUGAGCUUAAGAAAUACUCAUAAGAGCUAUUGCCAGAGUAAAUCACCUACCCUAAAUACUUCGAUUCUUCCAAGGCUGAAAGGAUAUAUAUAACUCAAGAAGAAAUAUUAAGAAGAGUGGAAGAGGAGCAAGAGAAAAUGAAGAAUAUUUGA